AUGAAGUUAAACCCUAUAUCUCUCGUUCGUCUGUUGAUUAGUGUUUCAGUUUUCGAAAAAUGCCAACCACUGAUGACACCCGAUUCGAUUCCCAUGAACUAUGCCUUUGUUCAAAUCCUAUCGACAAACAUCAUCCAAUCAACACCUUCUUCGACAAGUACUUCGGCAAUAGAUGGGGGAAGUCUAUUAGUUUCACUAAACAAUGCCAACGCCCGCGUAGCGAAUUAUCAAAAAGAUGGUUUCCAGAAAGACACAGUAAUGCGAAUUUUAGACGGCAACACCAUCAAACUACAAAAGGGUGGGCUGGUUUCCAUCGCAGGUGCACGGUUCCCUAUUGCGUCAUCCAGCAACUUUCAGUUUUCAGAAUGCUACACAUAUGGUCCGACGUACAAACUUCGUCAGCUAGUUCCAGCAAAAACUGAGGUUUGGGUCAAGACAUCAGGCAGCAAACCCCAGGCUAUCAUUUUUCGACAGAAAGACUCCUUGAAUGUAAACCAAGAGCUUGUCAAGUCAGGUUUUGCGAAGGUUAAGCCAAUCAGUUCCGAAUUUGAAGCCUACCUAGACCCAUUAAAACUCAAAUCAUGGGAGGCAGAAGCCAAUCGACUGGGACUUGGCAUCUUCAAGCAGUGUGAUGCCAGUGUUGAGAGUAGCUUUGUAGCCGAGUUUGAACCAUUGGAAUAUGAUGUGGUGACUCAAUGGGGCAACGAUGGUGGAAAACAAAUUGUGAAGCAAAAAGAGUCUACAGCUAUCGUGCCUCCUAGAAAUCCAGGGGAUGUUAGGGGAUGCUCCGACUUUGAAACCUACGAAGAUGCACUCAGUUGGUUCGAGUACUACAAGCCGUUCUAUGGAGAUAUUGGCAAACUGGAUCGAAAUGGUGAUGGCGUUCCUUGCCCAGGUUUGCCUCACACCUCUAUCAGGGAAAAGUAUCGCAUGAAGAAGCCGCUAAAUCAAGAUCCGUCUACGCUUACAGGUAGAGAAACCAGGUGA